CCUGGUUCUUACUCUUCUGCUUUACUCGAUCGUAAUGGUGAUGAUCAGUCUCCUGCAGCCGGAGCGGGCUAACCGGCUGAAGCGUGAGGCCUGCGGCUGCAGCGUGCGCUCCGACUCUGAGACCUUCACCCGGGUCCCCGGCUCCAGGACCCUGCUCAUCAACGCCUUCCGCGAGCACCGCACGCCCGCGGCGAGCGUCCGCCUGCUGGCCAUCGUGCCCGGCGAGGAGCGCUCCCUGCGGAGCAGCUGUGUGUUCUGUUGCCAAGGGGACGGCGAGAUGGCGACGGCCACGGCCCAGCGCACCACCCACCGAUCCAACUAUUUCUUCCCAUACGGGACGGGAGACUUCCUGUGCCUGAUCCCACCCGGCUGCGAGCCCAGGUUCGUUGGGCUGUUGUCCGGAGACAGCGUGGACUUCACCAACUUCACCCUGCUGCCCGUCCUGAACCGGGCCUCCGUGGAGCGGCCCCGGCUCCCACUCCGCUUCACUCUGUGCAUCGCCAACAUGUUCAACAGCUACGACAACGUGCUGCAGUUUGUCCAGGCAAUGGAGCUCUACCGACUGCUAGGGAUCCAAAGAGUCAUCGUCUACAAGACCAGCUGCUCCGCUACCAUGGAUACGGUGCUUGAUUACUACUCCCGCAAGACGGGCUUCCUGCAGGUGCGGCCCUGGCCAAUCGACGCCUUCCUGAAGCCUUCCUCCAGCUGGACGCCGUCGCUGGGGCCGGGUCAGAUCCACUACUACGGCCAGAUCCCCUCCAGCAACGACUGUCUGUACAGGAGCAUGUACCAGUCCCGCUACGUCCUCAUGCACGACGCCGACGAGGUCAUACUGCCCGCAGGCAAUGUGUCUUUCCAAACGCUGAUCAGUGACCUAGAAAAAGCCCACGGAGAGAAGGUCAACUUCUACUUCCCCAACAACGUUUUCCCUUACGAAGAAAAGGAGGAGAACAGCAGGUUUGACUUUCCAGAGUGGAGGAACGUUCCUGGCUCCAACUUCCUGGGUCAUGUUCUGAGGGAGCUAGACACGUCGGGCUACAACACGGGGAAGCUUGUGCUGGACCCCCGUGGCGUCCUGCAGAUGGAGGUUCACAGCGUCCACGAACACAUCGACGGAGGACGCACCGAGCGGGUCGGCCGAGAGCGCGGCCAGCUGUACCACGUCCGGCGCAGGAAGAACAACCAGCAGGGGGCGCUGGUCCGGGACGAGGGGCUGCUGAAGGUGGCUGGGGCCCUGGUGGAGCGGGUCAACCACGCCCUGAGCUCCAUGGGUCUCCUCAACACCACCGCUGGCCCCGCUCCAACCUCAGCCCAUCCUAGUCCUGCCAUGGCAGGACUACGUUGACGUUAGCUACACGUUAGCUAAUACAACGUUAACGUCAGCUAACGCCAAUUUUAGAAAUGACAUGACUUUGUUACCUGGUAUGACAACAAGACAGAAAAUAAUUAAGACAGCAAAAUCAAUCAGAUUAUUUUCAAUGCAAAUUCCGGCCUCUUCCAGGACAUUUGAUAAAUGUAUCCAUGUUUGGAAAGCAAGCUUUUAAAAUCUAGGUUUUCCAGGACGCGUUGUAAUCCUGCGGGGGUCGCGGUGUUUGAAUGUGUGAAUGAAUGUGUGAAUGUUUUAUGUGGUAAAGAAAAGCACUGUUUAUUAUUUAUCAUAAUGAAUAUAAUUCAUGCUUAUCGACGUAAAACGACGAUCUCUCUCUUACCCCCAAACAGCUCCUCUCUUUGUAAAUUAUUCCACACCCUAAAAAAUGUAAAAAAUAACCAUGGACAUUUACCAUUAUGCAAAUGAGCCUUGCAGAGCCUGUUCGGUCAAUCUGCAUCCAGUGAGGACCGGCGGCCGUUCAGUCUCGUGGUUUAAUUUAACUUCCUGGUUUGAAGCACUUCCAUCGACCAUGUGGUGAACUCUCACCAGUGGCCAUUUGAGGGUGUGCUAACAACGAUUUCACUAUUGCAAACGUCCUCCACAUUGUAAAUACUGUGUAUGAGCACAGUGUAUCUUUAAUUAAUCUGUUUAUAGGAGACACUGGAAUUAUUAUAAUAUCCCAUAUUUUACUUUUCAUAUCAGCUGGGAACAUGGUCCGUGUGGAAUUUAUUGCGCUGUUGCACAUUGGCUGUUUCGGGCACAAACUCAAUUAUUUGGUAAAAAAUUGUAAGUUGUUUUUAAUACACUGGACAUGUAUACAUGGUUCAUCAUCUAUAGGAUUUAAUAACCUGUUCAUGGAUCUCGAUCUAUCCCUGGAUGCUGCUCUGAUCAGUUCAGAUUAUGUCCUGUCCAUUUAUUACAUGCCUUGUUACAGUACUUGAUUUCUGUACAGAUACAGAUAAUAUAUAAUAUAAGUCAGGCUGUUGGUCAUGUUUAAUAAAAAGUAAAUUCAUG